AUGUCAAACAGAGAAUGCAAUUUCUUGCUGUUUCUUCCCGUUUCGUACGCGUUUCGUGUGUGUUGUACUUUUCUUCAUCGUCGUAGUUGUCGUCGUUGUUAAAAUUAAAAACCUAUUGUUUUUAAUAACUUUCAUUUAUUUUCAUAACGAAAAAACGUAUACAAAACAACGAAUUGUUAUUUCCCCGUAAACGUCGAUAAAGGAAAAUCGUUUCAUUUUCGAAAACAGAAAAAAAAAUGUAAUAAUGUGGCCCAAACGAAUUGUGAACAACGAAUUUUUCGCCGUGUGUCGGUUGUGAAUUUCGGCAUAAACGAACAAAUCGACAAACGAAAGAAAUUAUCGAGCCAACUUUUAGGCGUAAAGAAUUCAAGCUGUUAAUCCUUCGCCUAUUGCAUGUUGGCAAUUCACGUGAACUCAAAAUGAAGAAGUGAAUCAGUGAGACAAGCGAACACACAGAAAGCGCAUGGCUGUCACACGCAAUGCUCAAAGUAAUUUGUGUCUUUAACGGUAAAUUUAUAAGUGGUUAAAUCAAGUAAAUAAUAUUUGGCUAAAAUAAAAGCAGGUAAACGAACAACUAACGACCAACAGCCAACAACCAGCACUUUGGAGUUCGAUGAAAAACUCAAUAUCAGACAUAAAUCGCAGCAUAUCUUAAGGCGUUUCUACUCGCCCAAACUUUGAAACAAUCACUGUGAAGAAGAAAUCCGCUGAAAAUCUCUGCAAACGAAACUAAACAAAUUUAUAACAGAAGUUUUUUAUAGAAAUUAUUUGUGCACAAAGCAAGGAUGGCCAGUGUCUUUGUGGUGAUUCGUCGUGACGCCAGUUAGACCCAUAGACGAAGAGUACCCAAAAAAAGAUAAAAUAAAAAAAAAAAUACAAAAAAAAAGAAAAAUUAAUUAUAAUAACGCAGUGAAAAUUAAACGUUUAUUAAGUGAAAAAGUGAAAAAUAAAAACUACACACCGAAGGAAGCUUCAGACCAAAGCGCAAAGAAAGCUAGCAAAAGAGGGCGAUACUCGCCUUUGUUUCAAAAAAGCUUCCAAAUUUGUUGAAGUAGAUACAAAAACGCCUAAACGCCUUCAACCACGGCUCGCCUUUGUUAUCGUAUAGCAGCAGUUCAAGUGAAGUUCAACGCUCACCCAUCAUCAUCAUCAUCAUCAUCGGCAUUGUCAUCAUAACCAUCAACAACAACCACAUAAACAUCAACAACAACAAUAGUUGUCACGAUGGCCGAUAAGGGAAAGGAAGCCCCCAAAAAUGCGGAACAAAAGAAUCAAGUGACCCGUGCCAUGCCCGAACAGAGCAACGACUAUCGUGUUGUUGUGUUUGGUGCCGGUGGUGUGGGUAAGAGUUCACUGGUCUUACGUUUUAUUAGGGGAACCUUCCGCGAAACUUAUAUACCGACCAUUGAGGACACUUAUCGGCAGGUUAUCAGUUGCAAUAAAAAUAUUUGCACGUUACAAAUAACCGACACAACUGGCUCACACCAAUUUCCGGCUAUGCAAAGACUGUCCAUAACCAAGGGUCAUGCGUUCAUAUUGGUCUAUUCCGUUUGCUCAAAGCAGAGUUUGGAGGAGCUGCGACCUAUUUGGCAAAAUAUUAAAGACCUUAAGGGUCCGGAUGUUGUUAAUAUACCCGUUAUGUUGGCGGGCAACAAGAGCGACGAAAGUGCUGAGUUGCGUGAGGUCACAGAGGCUGAGGGGCAGGCACAGGCAACCGCCUGGGGUAUAUCGUUCAUGGAGACAUCAGCCAAAACCAAUCACAACGUCACCGAACUAUUUCAGGAGCUGCUCAACAUGGAAAAAUCGCGUAUUGUGUCGCUGCAGCUGGACGUCAAAAAGCAAAAGAAGCAAAAGAAGGAGAAGAAAAGUAAGGAGAGUAAUGGUGCCAUACCGGAAAACGGCGACGGAGCAGCCGGUGCCAAGGAGAAAUGUCAACUUAUGUAAGGCCAACAGUGGAGUUUAGAGUAAACGGAAUGACGGGUUAGAGUUGAAGUUUGGCAGGUCUAAGGGACAGUCUACGAGAUGGCGGUGGUGGAGUUAGUAAAUGAAGCCUUGCUCAUAUUGAAAAAGCUCUCAGUUUUAUAUAGAAAAAUAAGUGAGAGAAAAAGGAGAAUAUGCUAAUAAGGAGCAGAUGCUAAUAAUUCAGCAGAUGACACCGGAGAGUUGUUGUUGACAAUUAUACUCGUUUUGAAUUCACUUCAAUUAGCUUUAAAAAAAAACAAUUUUUAACUUAUACUCAAAUGUUACGUAUUUU